GCUUGAGUUAAGCAUUGCAAUUUUUUAGAUUAAGAUCAAUUGCAAUUUUUUUGUGCUUGUAACUAUUAGUCAUAAAAUGUUACAAUUUUUGGUGAUAAACCAUUGCAAAUGUGGAUGUUUUGAGCCAUUGAUGAUUAACAUUGUGACCUUUUGGUUAACCGUUCCAACUGUUGGUGUUAAGAAUUGUAAUUCUUGGUAAUAAUAAUUGUAACUCUAACCACUAUAAUUGUUAAUACUAACCAUUGCAACCCUUUAUAAUUUAUUUAAAAAGUUGUGGGUUUUGGUAAAUCAUAACUUAAUAACAAUAAGAAAUCAGAAACUAUCGGUUAGAUAAAUAGAAUGUUCAUCAUUCAAAGAUCGUCAAAUAUUUUGAAUAAACACAUAUACACUAAAACUCUAUUUGUUAAUAUUCUAUCCUACGAUUUUGAUUGUUUUAUCAUACAAAAUGAUACGUGUAACCGAAAGGUUCGAGUAUAGUCGAAAUGCUCUUGAACAAAAAUAAAAUCGAUGUGAUUCAGUCAUUAUCCAAUUUUCAGAUUACCAAUUUAAAUAUAUAAUUAGUAUUUUUAAAUUGCAUUUAAAAUGAAUAUCACUCCCCCUGCCAACCGCAGGGUCCAAAUCCUAGUGUUAAUAAUAACUGUACAAAUAAAGAAAUAAUGGGUGUUAUAAGUUUCUCAUUAAGACCUCAUGUUAAAUGAGAACCCCUUCUCCAUACUCUUUUUAUACUUUUUUUUAAAAAAUUAUCAUUUUUUUGUGUGAAAAUUCCAUAGAUAAAUCAUCAACAGAGAUGCUUUAAGAAGUCCAUGCACUUUUCUAUAUGGUUGGAAGGAUAGAAACUCCUGCAGGCUUGAAGACUACUCCAACGGUUAUCUUCAAACAAAUGAUGAUUCACCCAUCUUUUUUUUAAAGGUUAUCUUGAAUGAUUUUUGGCCCUAGAUUGUUACUUGAAAAUGUAAUUGCAUUCUAACCAAACAUAGUGAAAAAUAACAACUACAAAAAACACAUCACGUGGUCGGAUAAAUUAUGUACACCUCACUUGUUGUAUUAGGCCCGCCUGUUUAGGUUUUAAAAACAUGUCUUAAACCACUUGUAAUGUUGUUGUACAGGAUAGUCUACAUUCAUAAACAACACACGAAAGUAGACAAAUAAUUAGAUCAGAAUUGAUCACUAAAUUUGACUCUGAGGUCGCAAUAAUAACCGUAAUAUAAAUCAAAUCUGUGUUCAUUUCUAUUCAUCCGCUUUUUUCCUUUUCUUAAAAUUGUCAGAGAAUUAUGAGAAUGAUGGGGUUUUCCAUGUAUCUUUUUGUUCUUCUUCCACAACUUUUCUUACGUUUUGGUCUUGCUGAAAAUCCGUCAGGAUUCACCAGUUUAACUUGUGGUGCUCCGAUGGGAACUAGCUUCCUAGAAAAAGCAACAAAUAUAACAUACAGCUCUGAUGCGCCUUACAUCGAUACCGGCAUUGGCAGGAGCAUCAAAUCAGAGCAACAAACAUGGUACCUCCGGAGUUUUCCACAGAGCUCUAGAAGCUGCUAUACCUUCAACCUGACCACAGGCGAUAAGUAUCUGAUCAGGGCCAUUUUCUUCCAUGGUGGUUAUGACACAAGACCCUCUACUAAGUUCGAUCUCCACCUCGGGCCUAACAAAUGGGCGACAGUUUCAACCGCCGAGGAGACCAAGUCUGAAACAUUUGAAAUCAUACACAUAUUGGCCACUAGCAGGUUACAAGUCUGUCUCGUCAAAACAGAGGAUUCAACGCCAUUCAUCUCCGCUAUAGAGCUGCGUAAACUCACCAGCAAAGCGUACGCGAACGAGUCGGGGUCCUUGCAGACUUUCUUGAGAGCAGACAUUGGCUCCUUCUCUAAACAAUCUUUAAGGUACGGAUCUGGUGUCUAUGGAGCAGAUGUCUUUGAUCGUAUUUGGCUGCCAUACAACUCCGAAAACUGGUCACAGAUUAGAACCGAUAAUAGUGUAGACAACGAUAAUGGAUUUAAGGUGCCAGAAAAUGUUAUGGCCACGGCCUCUGUUCCAACAGACCCGGACGCUCAUAUGAACAUUUCGCUAACCGGUUUGCACCAGACAUCACGGUUCUACGUCUGCCUACACUUCUCAGAGAUCCAAGAGCUCAAUCCCAACGACACCAGAGAGUUAAAGGUGAUGUACAACGGAAGACUCAUCAUAGAGCCCUUUAAGCCAAUAAGUUUCUAUACUAGUUCCCAUUCCUUUUUCCGAGAUGAACUCGGUCCGAACGCAAAUGGACAGUGCACAUUUUCGCUUCAAAAGACUGCGAGUUCCACACUGCCUCCUCUGCUCAACGCCAUGGAGGUUUACAUGGUGAACUCUUUAUCGCAGAAUGAAACCGAUACAAAAGAAGUUGAUACGAUGAUAAACAUCAAGUUGAGUUGCGGCAUCAAUAAGGUUGACUGGCAAGGAGAUCCAUGCGUACCGCGGGAUUACAUGUGGUCUGGUGUUAACUGCAGUUACAUUGACAGUGAGCAACCAAAGAUCAUUUCAUUGAACUUGACUACCCAUGGCUUAACCGGGGAGAUACAGGAAUCCAUAUCAAACCUAAGUAGUUUACAAGUUCUUGAUUUUUCUAACAACAGCCUGAUUGGUCCGGUCCCGGAAUUCCUAGCUCAUAUGACAAGUUUAAAAGUCAUAAAUCUGUCAAGCAAUUUGCUAUAUGGUUCAAUUCCUACGAGUCUCCUAGAUAAAGUGCAAAGAGGAUUGGUUUCACUGAGCAUCGAAGGAAAUCCUGGGAUAUGUUCCUCUGCUUCAUGCGCAACCACAAACAAGAAGAAGACGAAGAAGAAGACCAUGGUUAUUGCAUCAGUUGCAGCAUCAAUAUUUUUGAUCUUAGUCAUUGUUUUAGUUAUCCUCAAGAGGAGAGCCAAGCUUGGUCGUUAUCCCAGUUCUGAUCAUGAUGAUAAUAAUCUUCAGCAGUGCAAUAAUCAAAGUAGCUCCUCAGAAAUGGCAAACAACAUGUUCACAUAUGAAGACUUGGCGCAAGCGACCGAUAACUUCUCCAAUGUCAACUUCAUUGGCCAAGGCGGGUUUGGUUAUGUUCAUAAAGGAGUUCUUCCCGAUGGAACGGAGGUUGCGAUUAAGCAGCUUAAAGCUGGAAGCGGACAAGGGGAACGGGAGUUUCGGGCAGAGAUAGAGAUUAUAAGUAGAGUCCAUCACAGGCAUCUUGUGUCCCUCCUUGGUUACUGCGUAAUCGGAACUCAAAGAUUGCUUGUCUAUGAGUUUUUGCCCAAUAAAACGCUGGAGUUUCAUUUGCAUGAAAAAAGGAGACCAUUGGAUUGGUCAAAGAGGAUGAAGAUUGCUUCCGGAGCAGCUAGAGGAUUGGCAUACUUACAUGAAGACUGUAACCCUAAAACUAUACACCGUGAUGUAAAGGCUGCUAAUGUUCUUAUCGAUGAUAGCUACGAGGCAAAGUUAGCAGAUUUUGGACUCGCCAAGUGUUGUUUAGACAAUGAUACUCAUGUUUCUACUCGGAUCAUGGGAACAUGCGGAUACUUAGCCCCUGAAUAUGCAUCUUCUGGGAUACUCAGCGACAAAUCAGACGUCUUCUCAUUCGGAGUUAUGCUUCUGGAACUGAUAACUGGACGCCGGCCUGUUGGUAAAUCACAUCCGUUUGCAGAUGAAGAAAACAUCGUUGAUUGGGCAAAGCCUCUUAUGUUACAAGCCUUAAACACUGGAAACUACCAUGGUCUUGUUGACCCGAGACUGGAGAAAGAUUUUGACAUUAGCGAAAUCAAGAGAAUGGUUCUCUGCGCUGAUGCUUGUGUCCAACAUUCAGCAAAGCACCGACCAAAAAUGAGCCAGAUAGUUCGAGCAUUUGACAAGAGCAUAUCUCUAGAUGACCUAAUCCAAGGGGUUGCUCUAGGAGACAUCACUAGUUACAACUUAGACGGGAGCUCAGAUUAUACCUCAACGGAGUACAAAGAAGACGUGAAGAAAUUCAAGAGAUUGGUACUUGAAAGCCAAACAUUUGGUAGCAGCGAUUUGACCAGUGACAAUGCUCAGAGCUCAUCAGGCUCCUUCUGCAUCAAAUCUGAGACGUAGGAGACCCAAAUAAAAGAAACAUAUACACAUUUUUAUCCACGCCACGUGAAUGAAAACUGAACAAUAGUGUUUUAUACGCAUAUUUUUAUUCUGACAAUGCCAAGAAUGCCCUUGGGUGUUUUUAUUUGUUAUAUCGAGAGUUUUUUUUUUUUUGUCAUCUGUUGGAUUAAUAUUAAAACGGGUGGAAUGCAGUCGAAUACACAUAAGCCGGCAAGGAACACUUUCCUUCCAGAGCCAGAAGCCGGCAAAGAUCGAAAUCUUUCCAGAGCCAUAAAAGAUAACUACUAGACAACUACAAAGAAAGGAUGACAACAAAUUCUAAGAUCAGCCAAAAGCCAAGAUGUAAGAAAGAAAAUGGCCUCGAGCAGUCCAAAGAGCAGAGCACAUCGAUCUCCCAAAAGGA